UCGGUGCAGCCGAUUUGUGUGUGUCUGGAGGUCUGUGUGUGCUGUGGGUGUGUCGGGGUGUUUAUGUCUGUGUGUCUGGCUGUUCCUAGGUUGUGUUUACCUAUGCCAAUCAGUGUGUCUGGUCCUCUGUUGGUAGAUAUGGGUCUGUGGCCCGGAGGUUUGUGGGUCUGAAUGUGUGUUUGUGUGACUGCAGGGUUGCUGUAGGUUGGUGGGGCCUGUCUGUGUGGUGGAUCAGGAUGUAUUUACAGGAUGGGAUUCUGUGUCAGUCUGAUCUCUCCAGAGUGUAUAUCUGUGGCUCUGAACACCUUUGUCAGGGUGUGUGACUCUGGAUACACGUCCGUCUGUGUCUGUACGUGUGUGGGUCCUGGAGGCGGUGUUGGGUUUUCUGUGCCUCCAUCUGUUUUCCUCUCUCUGAGGACCCGAGUCACAUCUCUGCUCCUUUCUCUCUCUUUCUCAUUCAUUCCUGGCCCCGACCACCCCACAUCUUUCUUUUUUUUCCUUUCCAUUCCCCCUCACCAAGUGGAUCCGGGACCCAGGGAGGGUCGCCCCCCGGGCCUGGUGGCGCUGAGCAGGAACCCCCAGCACCCGCCUCCUGCCCCACGACAUGAACCUCCUCUACCGAAAAACCAAGCUGGAGUGGAGGCAGCACAAGGAAGAGGAGGCCAAGAGGAGCUCCAGUAAGGAGGGGGCUCCCGCAGGCUCCGCGGGGCCCGGGGCCGGCCCAGGGCCGGGGGUCCGCGUGCGGGACGUCGCCUCGCUGCGCCGCUCGCUCAGGAUGGGCUUCAUGACGAUGCCCGCCUCCCAAGAGCACACCCCCCACCCCUGCCGCAGCGCCAUGGCCCCACGCUCCCUCUCCUGCCACUCGGUGGGCAGCAUGGACAGCGUGGGGGGCGGGCCUGAGGGGGGCGGCGGGGGCCUCACAGAGGACGGCAGCACCCGAAGACCCCCGGCCAAGCCCCGGAGACACCCCAGCACCAAGCUCAGCAUGGCAGGGCCAGGGUCAGAGACGCCCCCCAGCAAGAAAGCAGGCUCACAGAAGCCAACCCCUGAGGGCCGCGAGUCCAGCCGGAAGGUUCCUCCACAGAAGCCCAGGCGAAGUCCCAACACCCAGCUCUCUGUCUCCUUUGAUGAGUCCUGUCCCCCAAUCGCCUCUCCUCGAGGGGGGAACCCGCCCCUUCAGCGCCUCAGUAGGGGGUCCUGUGUAGCUGGGGACCCUGAGGUGGGUGCCCAGGAAGAAGAGCCGGUAUACAUCGAGAUGGUGGGGGAUGUCUUCAGGGGAGGAGGGCGGAGUGGAGGGGGACUGACUGGGCCCCCUCUUGGGGGUGGGGGGGGGCCGACCCCAACGGCUGGCGCUGACUCGGACUCAGAAGAGAGCGAGGCCAUAUACGAGGAGAUGAAGUACCCGCUGCCCGAGGAGGCCGGGGAAGGCCGCGCCAACGGGGCCCCUCCGUUGAUGGCAAGCUCCACACCGCACCAGCCUCACGCCCUUCAGCUCCACACCCAGCGCCGUCCAGCUUCAGCCCUCCCGAGCCGGAGGGAGGGGACGCCCACCAAGACCACUCCUUGUGAAAUCCCCCCACCCUUCCCCAACCUCCUCCAGCACCGUCCUCCACUCCUGGCCUUCCCCCAGGCCAAGCCUGCUUCCCGAGCCCCUGGCGAUGGGGUCUCGAGGCUACCGGUCCUCUGCCACUCCAAGGAGCCAGCCGGCUCCACCCCAGCUCCCCAAGUGCCUGCCCGGGAGCGGGAGACGCCUCCCCCACCGCCUCCGCCUCCCGCUGCCAACCUGCUGCUGCUGGGACCCUCGGGCCGAGCCCGGAGCCACUCGACACCCUUGCCGCCCCAGGGCUCUGGCCAGCCCCGGGGGGAGAGGGAGCUCCCCAAUUCCCACAGCAUGAUCUGCCCCAAGGUGGCAGGGGUGCCGGCAGCCCCUCCUGCCCCGGCUGCCUUGCUCCCCGGCCCCCCCAAGGACAAGGCCGUGUCUUACACCAUGGUGUACUCAGCAGUCAAGGUGACCACGCACUCUGUCCUGCCCACCGGUCCGCCCCUGGGUGCUGGGGAGCCAAAGACAGAGAAGGAGAUCUCAGUCCUCCACGGGAUGCUGUGCACCCGCUCGAGGCCCCCCGUGCCUGGGAAGUCCAGCCCCCAUGGCGGGGCUAUGGGCGCAGCAGCUGGGGUUCUCCACCACCGCGCCUGCCUGGCCUCCCCACACAGCCUUCCGGACCCAACUGCAGGCCCCCUGACCCCCCUGUGGACCUAUCCAGCUGCGGCAGCUGGGCUCAAGAGACCCCCUGCCUAUGAGAGCCUCAAGGCUGGGGGGGUGCUGAAUAAGGGCUGUGGAAUGGGGGCUCCAUCCCCCGUGGUCAAGAUCCAGCUGCAGGAGCAAGGGACCGACGGGGGGGCCUUUGCCAGCCUCUCCUGUGCCCACGUCAUCGCCAGCGCGGGGACACCAGAGGAGGAAGAAGAGGAGAUGGGCGCCUCAACGUUUGGGGCAGGCUGGGCUCUGCAGAGGAAGGUCCUAUAUGGCGGGAGGAAGGCGAAAGAGCUGGACAAGGUCGAGGACAGUGUCCGGGCCUGGAAUGGCAGUACCGAGGGUCCAAGCAAGCUGGAGCAUGAGGACAGAGGCUCUGUGGCAUCAGGGAUCCCAGUGAGGAGCCAGGGGGCAGAGGGCCUGCUGGCCAGGAUCCACCACGGAGGGGACCGAGGAGGAAGCCGCACCGCGCUGCCCAUACCCUGCCAGACCUUCCCCGCCUGCCACCGCAACGGAGACUUCACAGGAGGCUACCGCCUGGGGCGCUCCGCCUCCACCUCAGGAGUCCGGCAGGCCGCGCUCCACACCCCUCGGCCCUGCAGCCAGCCCAGGGAUGCCCCGAGCCAGACCCAGCCUGCGCUGCCGCUGCCGCUGCCGCUACCGCUGCCGCUGCCGCUGCCGCCCCAGGCCGCCCGCGAGCGCGACGGCAAGCUGCUGGAAGUGAUCGAGCGCAAGCGCUGCGUGUGCAAGGAGAUCAAGGCGCGCCACCGGCCCGACCGCGGCCUCUGCAAGCAGGAGAGCAUGCCCAUCCUCCCCAGCUGGCGGCGCGGGCCUGAGCCCCGCAAGUCCGGCACCCCGCCCUGCCGCCGGCAGCACACCGUCCUCUGGGACACUGCCAUCUGAGGAGGCCGGGGCGCCGGGACCGGGGAGCGGGGCGGGGGAGACCGGCCUCGAAAGAGGGACGCUUGAAGGACCAGGUGAGAGCGAGCUGGGGAGAACCCCUGCCCUCCACCCUAACCCCUGAGACGGGGAGUCGGCCGGGCCCAUCGGGUUGGGGGCGCCAAGCAGCACCCCCAGAAACUUGGGGGAGGGUUGGCUUGAGGUUGGGAGUGAGGCCCUCCGCCGCUCUUCGCACUGAGCCAAGCAGACCCCUCCUCUUGAGAGGGCCAAGGCCAAGCCCAGGUCAGCAUGGGGGA